UUUGCUGCUUCACCGCAUUAGCUGCCAUCGGCUAAACGGGGACUAAACUCCAUCCCAAACCUGACCACCUGGCCGUCUGCUUAGCAGGGUAUAUGAAAAAUGCCCAGUGUCACGGUGAAAGAUGUCAACCAGCAGGAGUUUGUCAGGGCUCUCUCAGCUUUCCUCAAAAAGUCUGGCAAACUGAAGGUCCCAGAGUGGGUUGACACAGUGAAGCUUGCCAGGCACAAGGAGCUGGCACCCUGUGAUGACAACUGGUUUUACACCAGAGCAGCAUCCACAGCCCGUCACCUGUACCUUCGCGGAGGGGUGGGCGUGGGCUCCAUGAUCAAGAUCUACGGAGGGCGUCAGAGGAACGGUGUUUGCCCUGCCCACUUCAGCGUGGGCUCCAGGAAUGUGGCCAGGAAGGUCCUCCAGGCUCUGGAGGGCCUCAAGAUGGUAGAGAAGGACCCCAGUGGUGGACGGAGACUUACUCCUCAGGGUCAGAGAGAUCUUGAUAGGAUCGCAGGUCAGGUUGCCUCAGCAAACAAGAAACAGCGAAGUUUACAAAGCGCCAUCUGAGGAAUGCAUGCAAAGAAUCCAGACGAGUGAAAUGCAGUUAUGCCUUACUGCUUAUUUACUCAAGUUCGCUUGUUUCCCUUAUCACUCCAGUGCCCACAUUACAAAAGGCACUUCAUAGAGAUGUGUCUAUAGUAUGCAUGUGUCUAUAGUACUGUAAGAACAAAUUAAAUAUUAUACAUGGAUGUUUGGCAACAGUUUUAGGUUUCUUUGUCGUUUGAAAUUCAUUAUGAAUUUCAU